AUGAGUUACAGUUCUACAAAGACUCCCACUCGGAGGAAAUCAAGCAAUGGUAGUGCCAGCUCCUCGCUAUCUGAGAUUAGUACUAAACCCAAGAAUAAUAAUUUCGAGAAAGAUCUUAUCAAUACAUUAAGAAGAGAAUUAUAUGAACGAGGAUCACCAGUGGGAUUAAUGGAAUCCCCUAUCAAAGAUAGGAAACAAUCAUUGACUAGUACAAUAUCAUCGGAUAACUUGUCAAAUCAUUUUUAUAAAUCAUUCUCCACAACCAAUUUAUCUACGAAACUACGACCAAAUCAUGAAAGAUCAUUAUCAAGUAAUUCAGUAUCUCCUAAAUUAUUACCCAAAAGACCAUAUAAGAAAGCUUUAUCAUCAUUGAACCUACCCAAUAUGACUCCACCUAAAGCUGAUGAUUACUUUUCUUCGAACAUGUCACCCACUAUGGAUAAUAACGAGAGAAUGGAUAUUGAUAAGAAAACAUUAGUAGAUCAAUUCUAUUCGAUUAAUGAAACUAAACCUUUGAAAGAUGACAGUUUGUAUAAUCUUGAGUAUACUGAACUCGAUAAACACAUUCAAACUGAUCCUGAGCUUACUAAUUACUUACUUAACAUCGAUACCAUUAUGAAAGAUGUUUUUUCUAAUAGUCAAGAACCAGAGAAUUUGUCACCAAUUUUGAAUACUUUACAAUCGGUAAAUCAUAAUCUUUCCGAGAUCAAAUUCCAACAAGAUGUUUCAAGUUUGGAAGAUCUUAAUCACUUGAUCAAAAAUUUGAAUAAUUUUGAAUAUUCAAUUAUUGACCUCCAAAACGUUUUACUCGAAAAUUCAACUAAAGUGUCAGAAAAAUAUAAGCCUGAAAUUCGAAAUAUUGUGGAAAGACUAAACGAUUUACUUCUAUCGUUAGAUAACCUUGAAUUCCGUUUAAAUAAAACCAAAUCAUUAGUGAAAGAAUGUAAAGAUGUCAUAGGUGAUGAUAUUUUAAAAACCAUUGAAACAUUAGAGUAUAUUGAUAGUAGGUUUAAGGAAUUUAGUAAACAAACACGGAAAACAAGGUUCAAACAGUUAAAUAUUGCUUUGGCAAUUCUAGUUGUAUUGAGUGGCAUUUAUUUUAGCAUUUAUAGAUAA